UAAUAUUCCACUCUUUUGCCGCUAUUUCCCCAACUACCCUUCCCUUUCCUUUCUCUCUCUCUCUAGUACUCCUACUGCUGUGUGAAAAAAAAGAGCCUACUCUCACCCUCACCUUCUGUCUGGGGCUACUAUUGCUGUUGCAGUAUCACUUUCCUUGUCCUGAAAUUCUCCAAUUUCUCAGACAAUGAGAACGGUUUCUUUUCUCUAACAACGAGGCUGAUCUUUUUACGCUCUUUCUUUUAAAUUUUAACCCUCUCAGUUUUUUUUUUCUUCAAAUAAAUCUAUUUCUUUUGUUUGCUAUGGAAGCUCCUCCUUCUCCCUCUCCUGCUAAUAAUGGUACUGCAGCUGAGGAUUGUUGUGUCAAAGUUGCGGUUCAUGUUCGACCGCUUAUUGGCGAUGAGCGGGCUCAAGGUUGUAAAGAUUGUGUCACUGUCAUUUCGGGGAAGCCUCAGGUACAAAUAGGUACACAUUCAUUUACUUUCGAUCAUGUAUAUGGGAGCACUGGUUCUCCUUCAUCUGCCAUGUUUGAAGAAUGUAUUGCUCCACUAGUUGAUGGCUUAUUCCAAGGAUAUAAUGCAACGGUUCUUGCUUAUGGUCAGACAGGAUCCGGGAAGACUUAUACAAUGGGCACUGGCUUUAAAGAUGGUAUCCAAACAGGAAUAGUUCCUCAAGUCAUGAAUGUUUUGUUCAGCAAGAUUGAAACUCUAAAGCAUCAAACAGAAUUCCAACUGCAUGUUUCUUUCAUUGAGAUUCUAAAAGAAGAAGUACGUGAUUUGCUGGAUCCCACUUGUUUGAACAAAUCAGAUACUGCAAAUGGGCACACAGGAAAAUUAAGUGUCCCUGGGAAACCACCAAUACAAAUUCGUGAAACAUCAAAUGGUGUUAUAACGCUAGCAGGAUCUACUGAAGUUAGUGUCAGCACUCUUAAGGAAAUGGCUGCUUGCUUAGAACAAGGAUCUUUGAGCAGGGCAACUGGGAGUACAAACAUGAACAAUCAGUCGAGUCGUUCACAUGCCAUCUUCACCAUCACAUUAGAGCAAAUGCGCAAGCUCAAUCCUUUGUUCCCUGGGGACAGCAGUCCUAACGAGAGUAUGAACGAAGAAUAUCUAUGUGCCAAGUUGCAUUUAGUUGAUCUUGCUGGAUCAGAGCGAGCUAAAAGAACUGGUUCGGAUGGUUUGCGUUUUAAGGAAGGGGUUCACAUAAACAAGGGCCUUCUUGCACUUGGUAAUGUUAUCAGUGCAUUAGGUGAUGAAAAAAAGCGCAAAGAAGGAGUACAUGUUCCUUAUCGGGAUAGUAAACUGACUCGACUUCUGCAGGACUCACUUGGUGGUAACAGUAAAACAGUUAUGAUAGCUUGCAUUAGUCCUGCUGACAUCAAUGCUGAGGAGACUCUUAAUACUCUAAAGUAUGCAAAUCGUGCUCGCAAUAUCCAAAAUAAGCCUGUUGUAAAUAGAGAUCCCAUGUCCAGUGAGAUGCUAAGAAUGCGCCAACAAUUAGAGUUUUUGCAGGCUGAACUUUGUGCCCGAGGGGGAGGAGGUUCUUCAUCAGAUGAAGUUCAGGUUCUUAAGGAAAGAAUUGCUUGGCUUGAAGCUGCUAAUGAAGAUCUCUGCCGUGAACUUCAUGAAUAUCGCAGCAGAUGCACUGCAGUGGAGCAACGUGAAACAGAUGCUCAGGAUGGUAGCACCUGUUAUGUAAAAAGCGAUGGGCUUAAAAGGAGUUUGCACAGUAUAGAGUCAGCAGAUUAUCAAAUGGGAGAAACCAUGUCAGCAGGUGAUUCCAGGGAAAUUGAUGAAGAGGUAGCAAAAGAGUGGGAGCACACACUUCUGCAGAAUACGAUGGAUAAGGAAUUGCAUGAGUUGAAUAGACGUUUAGAGGAGAAGGAGUCAGAGAUGAAACUUUUUGGAGGUAUUGAUACUGCAGCGCUGAAGCAACACUUUGGCAAGAAAAUCAUGGAAUUAGAGGAUGAAAAAAGAGCAGUGCAGCAAGAGAGAGAUCGCUUGUUGGCUGAAAUUGAAAAUCUCUCAUCCGGUUCCGAUGGGCAGGCACAAAAAUUGCAAGAUAUUCAUGCCCAGAAAUUAAAAGCACUUGAGUCACAGAUUCUGGAUCUAAAGAAAAAACAAGAGAACCAGGUUCAACUUUUAAAGCAAAAGCAAAAGAGUGAUGAAGCAGCAAAGAGGUUGCAAGAUGAAAUUCAAUCUAUAAAAGCCCAAAAGGUUCAAUUGCAACACAGGAUCAAACAAGAGGCAGAACAAUUUCGCCAGUGGAAAGCCUCUCGGGAGAAAGAACUGCUUCAGUUGCGGAAGGAGGGCAGAAGAAACGAAUUUGAAAGACAUAAGCUACAAGCUUUAAACCAGCGCCAGAAAAUGGUUCUUCAAAGAAAGACGGAGGAGGCUGCUAUGGCCACCAAGCGGCUGAAGGAGCUGCUUGAAGCUCGUAAAUCUUCUGUCCGAGACAGCUCAGCUACAAUACCCAACGGAAAUGGCACAAAUGGACAGAGCAAUGAGAAAUCCUUACAACGUUGGCUAGACCAUGAGCUAGAAGUCAUGGUGAAUGUGCAUGAAGUCCGUUUUGAGUAUGAGAAACAAAGCCAAGUACGAGCUGCACUUGCAGAAGAGCUAGCUGUGUUGAAGCAGGCAGAUGAGUUUGCUUCAAAGGGGCUGAGUCCUCCAAGAGGAAAGAAUGGCUUUGCUAGGGCUUCUUCCAUGUCACCAAAUGCAAGAAUGGCGAGAAUAUCUUCACUUGAGAACAUGUUAAGCAUAUCAUCUAAUUCACUUGUUGCAAUGGCUUCACAACUUUCAGAGGCAGAAGAGCGGGAACGUGGAUUCACCAACCGUGGGCGUUGGAAUCAGCUGCGUUCAAUGGGAGAUGCAAAGAACUUGCUUCAGUAUAUGUUCAAUUCUCUGGCAGAUGCGAGGUGUCAUAUAUGGGAGAAGGAAAUGGAAGUCAAGGAAAUGAAAGAACAAUUUAAAGAACUUGUAGGCCUGUUGCGACAAAGUGAGGUGCGAAGAAAGGAAGUAGAGAAGGAGUUAAAAUUGAGAGAGCAAGCUGUUUCAAAUGCUUUGGCAACAUCAGUUUCGCCUGGCCACGAACAGGGAAAUUCUCUGAAACAUUUUGCUGAUGAUAUGAGUGGUUCCUUGUCUCCAAUGUCCGUCCCAGCACAGAAACAGCUGAAAUAUACACCAGGAAUUGCUAAUAGUUUGGUAAGAGAAUCAACAGCGUUCAUAGAUCAGACAAGAAAGAUGGUGCCACUUGGCCAUUUGUCAAUGAGAAAAUUAGCAGUUGCAGGACAAGGUGGGAGGCUGUGGAGGUGGAAGAGAAGUCAUCACCAGUGGCUUUUGCAAUUCAAAUGGAAGUGGCAGAAGCCAUGGAGACUGUCAGAAUUGAUUAGACACAGUGAUGAAACAAUUAUAAGGGCAAAGCAUCGUCCACAUGCUCUGCCACAUGCGGUAUGAUGUUCUGUCAUCACCAGAUUUUUCUUUCCCAAUACUCAUCUUUGACCUAUAAGUAUGAUCCCCAUCCAUUCCACAGAGCAUGCCUGCAAAAAAAUGGAGUGUUGGAAGUGGCUGUUGAGGAGCUAUGCUUCUAGUUGUCAUGGAUGAGCUGAUUUUGAAAAUGUUAGGUUUGUCUUCUUGGAAAAAUUUUUUUGAUGUGGUCAGUGCAUUCGGAGCAUCUUGUAAAGCAGCGUUGAUGCUACCAAUGAUUCACCCAAAUAUUUUACAAAGUUAUCCAGAGUUGUGACAUGGUGUUAGUAGUGAUGCACUGGUAAAAAAGGGAAAAAUCUUCCCACCCGUUUAUAACGUUUUGGUAUAUAAUAUAUAUUUUCUGUCAAUAACAACACUUUGAGGGAAGAAAACAGUCCCGCAAGUAUAGAAAUAUAUAACAAAGGUUCAGCCUUUUAUCUUUUUCUCUUUCUUCUUUGUUCUUUUCCCAAAUUGUAAGCUUCCUGGCUAAUUUCUCCCAAUGUUUAUUAUGUGCUAGCACAAUAUUGAUUCUGGUGAAAGUAUUGAACCAUGUAGGACUUGCCUCUCAAAACAGAACAUUUUUUUUUUUUGUUCAAUUUGAAUUACACUUUCACUGGC